AUGGCACAUCUCGUGUGGAGAAAGCAUGCAGCCAUCUUUGUCUUUGGAAUCAUUAUCUUACAUCGGCCACCUGGGGUCUAUUCAGUGUGCCAGAAACCUCCAGAAGACCAGUAUGCGUCUACUAUCUUUAUUCCCGAUUCUACCGAGUACGAAGAGUUCACAACUGUAGAAAUGACGUGUGAACCCGGUACAUCGGGAGCUGGUUCACCUACUAGUCUGUGUAUGAACGGGGUCUGGGAGCCUUCUCCACUCAUCUGCUACAGUAACUGCGAGCGACCAGGAGUAUAUCAUGACGUCACAUACGACCCAGAUCAGGAAAGUUAUGAACAUGACUCCGUUGUGACGUAUGAGUGUGUCGAUGGAACGAAUGACUUGCUUGGUCCAAAUCAGGCAUUUUGUGAAAAUGGCGUCUGGAAUCCACUACCAACCUCAGCUAACCCGUCUUGUUCUGGAAUCCGGACGGUACCGCCAACGACCAGCCGACAGACAACAGAUACAACUUCGCGAUCAGCAACCAGUGAUCCUGUGUCAACUGUCGCAACAUCCCAAGAUGGCACCACUGAUGUUACUACAACGGCUAUUGAAGAAACGGAGCCAGUAUCAGGAAGGCCAAGCUCUACCGAAAAUCCAUCAACAGCAGAACCUGUAACACCAACAGAUGUGGCCCCCAUUUCGGAUUCGUUAACAUCCAUGCUGUUAUUAACAACCUAUGUUAGUGAGUUUAAACCGUCAACUGAACCGAUGACUCCCAUUUCCGUACAAACCACGGAAGAUACCCCAGGCUCACCUACCUUGGAAUUAACUGAAGGCAGCACUGUUCUUACACAUGAGACUGACAGCAUAACUGUUUCAGAAUCUACAUCGCUAAUGACGCCGGUUAGUGCAUUUUCUGCAACAACAGAUCGUUCUGAACGCAGAACUACAAAUGAUUUCCUGGAUCGAACUGACAGCAGCAGUGUUGUCGGUGUGACAGCUAGUAGUGCAGUCACCAUAACAAAUCCAAUAAAAGGUACAACUGCUUCAGUGCUUACUGAACAAACCGGCAUGAGUACUGUAACUGAUGCACUAAAUGAACCAACUAAGGAUAACACUGCUUCAUCAGCUACUUUCCAAACCGAAGGUAUCACCAUGAUCACGUCUAUUGGUACUGCUGAUUUAAAUACUGACAUCACAAGUGAAGCGACAAUCACGACUGAAGGCAUCCAAACAACAGGAUAUACUUCAGGUACACAGACUGAUGGUACUCACACACAAGGAACAGAUCAACAAACUGGACAAACAUUUGCAUCCACCGUUGAAAUCUUACCAACAGAUUCUAUUUCAACAUCCGCCUCAGCAUAUCCUGAUGAAACCCAUAUUCCAACCACAGGAACAUUGGGAUCCGAGCAGACAAAAACCGAACAACAUAUCACCAUGUCGACAGGAACUCUUGUCACAUCAAGCACAAUUUCAGAUUUAACUAGCCAGGCCACGAAUACAUACAAAAUAACUUCUGAAGGUCAUACAGAUGUUUCCAUAAUACCUACAGAAGAACUAUCAACUACAUAUAUUUCGAGUUCGGAGACUAGCGUGACAACAAUGCAGGCAAUGACUUCUAAAUUAGGCACAGCAAUAUCAUCGGAUCCAGUGAGCACAUCCUCAUCUGAAGGAACAUUCAUAACAAUGGUAACAGAGGAUAUCAUGACAACGGAUCAACCGGAAGGUACAAAAACACCGAUAGAAGACAUGUCCACAGCAAUGAUAGGAACCGUGUCUACGGGUGUUUCUGAUGAAGUCAGCCAGGAACCAAACGAGGGACCGACUACUUUAAUAGACGUGACAGAGGAUGCUACUACAGGAGACAUCACAAUCAUUACAACCAAUGCCGUAACGGAACCAAGCAAAACGUCCACAGGCCAAAUGCCUUCUGAGGCAAAAGUGACUACAAUGAAAACUACUUCUCCUGUGGAAGAUCCUUGCAAUGGUCAGUGUGACAUAGAUAGAGAGAUCUGUGUAGAUACAACAUGUAUAUGCCGAGAGGGUUCCCAAAGACCGUAUGGAGAAUCGACUUGUGAACCUACAACAUACUACACUAUAAGUAUGACCAUACUAGAGAUUGAUGGUGCUGCUGCUAUUUUUACAAGCGAACUUCAAUCGACUGGGAGUGAUGCUUUCAAUACAUUGCAGUUGACUGUUUGCACGGCGGUAACGGCAUUACUGGAUGGUAUUGUUAGUGGGUUUAAAUCCUGUUCGGCUAUUAGCUUUAGUGCAGGGAGCAUCAUAGCUGAAAUCAGACUGGGAUUCACUAAUACAACAGGAGUAGAGGCGCAGAGUAUACUCGAUGCUGUAAUGACGGCUAAUCUCUUUCAAGCUACCAAUUCUAAUUUCACAAUUAAUCCAAACGAAACUUCUGUCACACCCACUGAUGAAUGUAAACUUGGCUUGGACGAUUGCUCCCAUCACGCUGAUUGUAAAGAUCUAGCCGAGAAAUCAUUUACAUGUCAAUGUUGGGAUGGAUACGCUGAUAAUUCACCUGAAGGUUAUGACGGUAGAAACUGUGCAGCAUAUAACUGGAAGUUGAUAACCAUUGUCGUUGGAUCAUGUACGGGGGCGUUACUCCUAGCAGCCUGCGUGAUUCUAGUUUGUGGAAACAACAUAGUCGAUAGAUGUAGUCGAAGGCCAACAAACGUAACUAAUAGGGGAAGAAGACCCGGUCCAAAGCAGGACGUAGGCGUUACAACUGACGAUACUCAGGAUAUUAUCCCAUGGCAUCAUCGUGAGAAAGACGAGGAAAUCUUUUACGCUCAUCCUGUGGUCGAUGGUCAGGAGGCUCGACGGCUGAACAGUGCUCGUAAUCUCAGAGGGAAGGAAUCGUACAACAACGACAUCGAGUCGUACGAUCUCAAUGACUACAGAUCAUCUACUUAUGACCACGAUGACAGAUAUGUUCCUUUAGCUAUGUAACGUUAUUAAUAAUAAGCUGACGAUGUCCUUCAAGAUC